AUGGACAGAGUAUCGAAAUGGUCCUUGGGAGCUGACACAACCUGUAUUCUUUGUAAGAAUGCUGUUGAGUCCAGAAACCACUUGUUCUUUGAUUGUGAUUAUUCUGGGCAGCUUUGGAAAUCUCUCACUAUGGGCAUCCUUCUUACGGAUCACUCUAAGAACUGGUCUGUUAUUACUUCUCAAAUUUCGGACAGUUCAAGAGGUGGGAAAAGUGGGUUUUGUAUCAGAUAUUCUUUUCAGGCUGCUGUCUAUGCGAUUUGGAGGGAAAGAAAUAGGGUGAAGCAUGGAGAGAAGCCUAUGCCUAUUGCCAUGCUGCAGAAACUGGUUGAUAAAGGAGUAAGGAAUAAGCUUAGUCUGAUGAAAAUGGUGAAAGGAGGAGCUAUGGUGGAUGGUCUGGAAUAUUGGUUUAGCACUAGAGUGUAG